CAACCAGCGAACUAAAACAAACUGCUUCCGGGUUACCCGAAUUUGCUUCCUCGCGCGGAACACUAGCUUGCCGGUUGUAAGGAAACUAGCUAAAUAUACGCUGUUAUUUUAAAUCUGUGUUUAUUCAUCAUGUCUAAAAGACACCGUUUAGAUUUAGGCGACGACUACUCCAAUAAAAAGAGAUCUGAUGGGAAAGACAGAGAUCGCGACAGGGACCGUGACGAGCGCUCUAAAGACAGGGAGAGGGACAGGGACCGCGACAGAGAUCGGGACAGGGACCGAGAUAGGGACGUGAAGCCCUCUGUCGUGCCCCCCAACACCAUGAUGGCCGUUGGAGGCAUGCUUCCUCUCAAGCAGACAGCCAUGCAGCAGCAGAUCAACCCGUUCACAAACCUGCCCCACACACCACGCUACUAUGAGAUCUUGAAGAAGAGGCUGCAGCUGCCUGUGUGGGAGUACAAGGAGCGCUUCAACGACAUCCUGGCACGCCACCAGAGCUUUGUGCUUGUCGGAGAGACGGGCUCUGGGAAAACCACACAGAUCCCCCAAUGGUGUGUGGACAUGGUGAAGGGCUUGGGUGGCCCCAAGAAGGCAGUGGCCUGUACCCAACCCAGAAGGGUGGCAGCCAUGAGCGUGGCCCAAAGGGUGGCCGACGAGAUGGAUGUCAUGCUGGGCCAGGAGGUGGGCUACUCCAUUCGAUUUGAGGACUGCAGCUCCGCCAAGACUAUACUGAAGUAUAUGACAGACGGUAUGUUGCUUCGGGAAGCCAUGAACGACCCCUUGCUGGAGCGGUAUGGCGUGAUCAUCCUGGAUGAGGCCCACGAGAGAACGCUGGCCACGGACAUCCUAAUGGGAGUAUUGAAGGAGGUGGUCCGACAGAGGUCAGACCUCAAGGUGAUUGUGAUGAGUGCCACAUUAGACGCCGGGAAGUUCCAAGUGUACUUUGACAGCUGUCCGCUGCUGACCAUUCCCGGACGCACACACCCCGUGGAGAUCUUCUACACCCCUGAGCCGGAGCGGGACUACCUGGAAGCCGCCAUCCGCACGGUCGUUCAGAUCCACAUGUGUGAGGAAGAGGAGGGGGACUGUCUGCUGUUCCUCACCGGACAAGAGGAAAUUGACGAGGCCUGUAAACGGAUCAAACGGGAGAUCGACGACUUGGGACCUGAAGUCGGGGACAUCAAAGUCAUUCCACUAUAUUCCACACUGCCUCCCCAGCAGCAACAAAGAAUCUUUGAGGCCGCACCACCCAGGAAGCCCAGCGGUGCGAUAGGAAGAAAGGUUGUGGUUUCGACAAACAUUGCUGAGACAUCCCUUACCAUCGACGGAGUGGUGUUUGUGAUCGAUCCCGGUUUUGCCAAGCAAAAGGUGUACAAUCCUCGUAUCAGGGUGGAGUCUCUCCUGGUAACGGCGAUCAGCAAAGCCUCGGCGCAGCAGAGGGCGGGCCGUGCCGGCAGGACACGGCCAGGGAAGACUUUCCGCCUCUACACUGAGAAAGCCUACAAGACCGAGAUGCAGGACAACACGUAUCCUGAGAUUCUCCGGUCCAACUUGGGUUCUGUCGUGUUGCAGUUGAAGAAGCUGGGUAUCGAUGACCUGGUGCACUUUGACUUCAUGGACCCACCAGCCCCGGAGACCCUGAUGCGGGCGCUGGAGCUGCUCAACUACCUGGCGGCACUCAACGACGACGGCGACCUGACAGAGCUGGGCUCCAUGAUGGCAGAGUUCCCGUUGGACCCACAGCUGGCCAAGAUGGUGAUCGCCAGCUGCGAGUUCAACUGCUCCAACGAGAUCCUCUCCAUCACCGCCAUGCUGUCAGUCCCGCAGUGUUUCGUCCGCCCUACCGAGGCUAAGAAGGCGGCGGACGAGUCCAAGAUGCGGUUCGCCCACAUCGACGGAGACCACCUGACACUCCUCAACGUCUACCACGCCUUCAAACAAAACCACGAGUCUACACAGUGGUGCUACGACAACUUUGUGAACUACCGUUCGCUGAUGUCGGCCGACAACGUGCGCUCGCAGCUGUCCCGGAUCAUGGACCGCUUCAACCUGCCCCGGCGCAGCACCGAAUUCACCAGCAGAGACUACUACAUCAACAUCCGCCGAGCGCUAGUCACAGGCUUUUUCAUGCAGGUGGCUCAUUUGGAGCGCACUGGCCAUUAUCUCACAGUCAAGGACAACCAGGUGGUCCAGCUACACCCCUCUACCGUCCUGGACCACAAGCCAGAGUGGGUGCUCUACAAUGAGUUUGUCCUCACAACCAAGAACUACAUUCGCACCUGCUCUGAUAUCAAACCGGAAUGGCUGGUGAAGGUUGCUCCUCAGUACUACGAAAUGGGCAACUUCCCACAGUGUGAAGCCAAGAGGCAGUUGGAGCGAAUCGUUGCCAAACUCCAGACCAAGGAGUAUUCCCAGUACUGAUUAACAGCGACUGGAGAGAGGAAGACAUCCUUGAAAGAGCUUGGCACAAUUCAUACUUUAAAAGUUGUAUCCUAUCUUCAAUCUUAAUGUUUCUCUCGAUUCAAGAUAUGAUUUUUAUAACUUUUUUGUUUGUGGUUUUUCUGUCCAUUCAAUAGCAACGUGUAUAACUGUAAGCAUUUAUGAAAUUGAUCUCAAUGGUGAAUAUUAGGCUAUUCUGAUUAGAGAUUUUCGAAAAGGAAUUCAAUUAACAUGUUAAGCAUGAGCAUUCAUGUGGAUAUUGUUAUGUUCCUCUAGGAAAUUGUGAACCCUGAGAAAGUGUACUUGCCUAGGUUGUCCUUGUUUCUUCAAUAAAGGAGCUUCGACUUGAAUAAAACCAUGAA